CUCUCUAGGCAGGCUUCACACAUCACAUAUCCUCUUGGUACGAUAGUCUCGGCUCACACCAUCUGCACCCAGUUGUAGUUGAUAAUCACAUCAAUGGCCUCCACCAACAGCUGGACCCUCGAGCUCGAGUCGAAGGUGUCUGCGCCGCGCAAGUUCCGCGCCACCGUCAUGGACUGGCAUAAUCUGGCACCCAAGCUCGCCCCACACAUCGUCGACAGCGCCCACCAUGUUGAAGGAGAUGGCGGCAUUGGCAGCGUCAGGCACUACAAAUGUGGCUCGGCCGUGCCCUUCAACUCCAUGAAGAAGAAGGUUGAGUUUCUCGAUGUGGACAAAUGCGAGUGCAAAUACACCAUCGAGUGUGACGGCGUUGAGACGUCCACGUGGAACAUCAAGAUGAAGCCAACGGCUAACGGUGGGAGUGUGGCAAAGGUGGAAUGCACGUCCAAGGGCGCUGAGGCGAAGGACAUGAUGCUCAAGGCCAAGGACUCUGCCGCCGAAAUGUUCAAGACUGUUGAGGCUUAUCUCAUCGCCAACCCGGAUGCCUACAACUAAGUCAGUAAAGAGGGAUCAUACACGAUAAUGGUGUUUUCUCCCCAAUCGAAUAAAAUUGCUCCAACCUCUGGUAUGCUAGAGCAAGCUGGGUGUGAAAUUAUGAAGUUAAAUAAAAGGAAGCUGGGUGUGAA